GAAGGGGAUGUUUUCUUCGGGGUUUCGGUCUGCUCCCUCCUCCGCUUUUUCGCCUAUGUUUAUAAAAGCGCGAAGUUUCUUCUCAGGGCCGUUAAACUCAGUCAGGAUGGACUCGAAGGAUGCUCAAGAGAGUUUAGAGAGCGGCGGAGGCGCCCGCUGUCGUUGUAGCAACGGGCGGAGGAAAGCGGUAGCGGUGCUCGUCAUCCAGAGCUUAUUAACAGCUGCUUGCGCUGCCAUCAGCAUCUACUUCUACCUGCACCACAGUUCUGAACCCAAUAAGGACAAAGGGAUAUUCCUUCAAUCGAUCCAUGAAACAGAGCCCAAAUUCAGCGUCAUCUGGAACCAGGAGAUGCACCUGAAGGAUAAUAAUAAGGUGAAUCUAUCCUGUGGAGGACCCUACAUUGUCUAUAUGUGGGCUUGUGUGAAGAGCUACGACACUAGCGGGAUAGUUAACCUGACCAUAGAACAGGGAAGUAGAUCAAUCCAACUACAGAGCAUGCAAGACACGCAAGAGUGCCAGGAGACGCACAGUGUGGUCAUGCUGUCUGAAAAAAGUGAGUUUACAAUCACUUUCAAACGUGAUCCAGAAGUUUACAUUAAAAAGCUCCACUUAGGCCUGCACUACAUGCUGGGAGCCCAGUGCUUCAAAAAGCCUUCUCCACCCGGUAAUAAUGGACAGAAGCUAUAGCAUGACCCUUAAAGUUACCAAGAAGAUAUAUACAGUAUUUUUUCCAUUCAGAUGUCACCGAGUCACCUCAUCAUGAUUGUAAACACUGCUGAGUUUGAAAUAUAACGAUAAUGCCACAGUACUGUAAGUUGUCACAACUUUGCCCCUGACCAAAGGUGUGAUCGUGAAGCUAAAAAAGAUGAAUGAGGUUAUAAAAAGCAUUUUGAGAGCUUCAGAGACAUAGAAGAAGAGGAAAAGUCUAGUUUUCCACACUAUUUCAAAGAUUGCAGGGUCUUCUUCAAGAUCGUGGACCAUAGUGAAACACCCACUAAAUCGUAUCGUGAAAGUGGCAAACGAUGUGGUUUUAAACUCAAUGCUGUCACCUCAAACAUCUCACUGGAAUCUGGAUUGGUGAGGUUUCCAUAAGCUCUUUGAAGAAUGUAAUGAUAUUCUGCAAUUGGUGGAAAACAGAAGGCCUUUAAAUGAAGGAACCAUUUGCAAUUGAUUUUGAAGCUAUUUUUGAUCUAUUUAUAUAGUGCUGUUAUUGUGAGAAGGAAUAAUUAGAAAACCUCUGAUAUUAUCCAGAUACAGCUCUCUAAUACUGACUUAUUAACAAUGUUCUCAAUGUUUGUCUUUCACAUUUUAUUUAUGUCAACAACAAAAAAAAAAAAAAUCAAUAUGUUCAGAAAAAACACCCUAGCACAUGGAAGGAAAUAUCAAGGGCUACCAUCAACCCGGUCUCAUGACAAGUCUUAUUAAUUAGUGCGAGCUGGCAAAAUCGUGUAAGUUGGCACAUACAAAAACUUACAAGUUUUACUCCCAUAGAGAAAAAUAAUUAACCAACAUACAAUGUUAUAAUGAUUUUCCCCAAGAUUAACCACAAAUCAAACCUAACCAUAAAGCCUAACCCCUAACCUAAUCCUAAACCUAUCCAUGGUUUUACAUGGAAAAUAACCAUGGAAGAAAGAAACAAGAAAAGGGAAGUGUAAUAUAGGUUAUUGACAUACAUCAGUCAUUUGUAUUGCAAAAAAAAAAAAAAAAAAAAAAAAAGUGUCCAAAUUUGUUCACAGAUGUUUCCUUUCUUAAAAUAAAGUGUUGGAUAGGAGGCUAGCUCAAAUUUGAUGCCUGUUUGUUGAUUGUUUGUUCUCUAUGGGAAUGAAAGUCUCUAAUUAAAGGAAUAUUCCGGGUUCAAUACAAGUUAAGCUCAUUCGUCAGCAUUUGUGACAGUGUUGAUUACCACAAACAAUUGUUUUGACUCAUCCCUCCUUUUCUUUAAAAAAAGCAAAAAUCGAGAUUACAGUGAGGCACUUACAAUGGAAGUGAAUGAGGCCAAUUUUCUGGGUUUAAAGGCAAAAAACGGGAAGCUUAGAAAUGUAUAAAGCACUUACAUUAAUUCGUCUGAUAAAAUGCGUGUAUUAUUUGAGCUGUAAAGUUGUUUAAAUCGUGUCAUUUUAGGGUUUGUUGACAUUACAUCAUCAUGGCAACGAAGUUGUAAAACUGGCUGUAACUUUACAUGGAAAAGGUUUGUGAGCGAUUUUAUCACACUGAAAUCAUGAUAACAUGCACAUUGAAACGUAUUUUAACGUUUAGGGAUGGCCUCCAUUGACUUCCAUUGCAAGUGCCUCACUGUAACCCAGAUUUUUGCUUUUUUCAAACAAGCAAGUCAAAAUUAUGUUUGUGGUAAUCAAUAAUAUGCCACAAAUGCUGUUGAUUGAGCUUAACUUGAACUCUGAAUAUUCCUUUAAAAUUCAUACAAUUCUUUUAUCUUAAGAUUUCGCCAUCCCCUACGAAUGAUCACAAGUUGUCAUGAGACUGUGUUGGGUACUACUUAUAUUGCAGUUUCCUCUUUGGAACAGAUAUUUAAAAUGUUUGAUGUUGCUUUUGUUGUUUAUGUAAUACACAAAUGUUGUUAAUAUGAUGUUUAAUUAUGUAAAACAGUUUAAUUGUGUAAACUGUCUACGAUCGUGUGAAGGUAUUCACAAAAAAAUGUUUGAUGCUUUUAUUUAAAUCAGUCAUUGGAAAACCUUGAGUAUCAUAAGGAUUUAAACCGCACUGUCAGAACUUUAAAAAUGGUAAAAAAUGUAUUUAUUGAAAUUAAAAUGUAUUUAAUAUUAUUUAAUCAAACAAUCAUUGUUGAUGGUGAACUAAAGCACUAAAGGAAAGCAAAAAACAAACCAACCCUGGAUUAUCCACAUAUCUUAUGAACAAAUUCAUUUAAAUAUACCACACUGUAUACACCACUCAAAUCACAUGUUUCUCUUUUCCCAUUUUUGGUGCAAUAUGUUUAUGUAUAUCAAGUGUGACCCCAAAAGUCUGACUUGCUCAAUGAAAUCACUUCUGCAAUUUUUUUAGUGAUGCUUUAUUUAUAAAAGGUUUGCACUUCUAUGUUA